AUGCCAGUUCCGUUGGCGACACUUCAACAUUUCAAGGAAGAAUAUCCCUUACUACUGAAAAUCAAUUUCGUUGAUUAUUGGAAUUCACAGAAACUUGCGAAUUACCUUUCCGACGAAGGCGCCAUCAUCGAAGCGAACGUCGUCGAGAGGAUUCUCAAAAAAUAUGUUCUAGACACCAGAAGAGGAAUACUUGGACUAGUCCACUAUACUCGAGCAAUGCCUACAGAAAUUAUGAACUACUUCAAAUCGCACGAUGAGCUCGAAUUGCGGAGCAAAAUUCUGUCGUUAUGUGGUGAUGUCCUUGGUGGAAAAUGGAUGGAUCUGCAUCCGAACCACGCCACCAUCACCAGUAUGCGUGGUGGUCUAACAAACCUCGUCUACUUGAUCAAACGUCCUAAAUUCUCACCCUUAGACGACAAACCGGUUACCGUACUCCUCAGGAUACAGUCUCAGACCGAUCAUGAGAAGCUGCUCAAUGAACUAGUCGUCUACACAUCCUUAGCAGAAAAUGGGCUCGGUCCGAAGCUUCUUGGAGUUUUUCCCGGAGGUAGAUUCGAAGAAUUCAUCCCCAGUAGACCUCUCGAACACGAUGAAGUGGCACACCCGAGGAUAUGCAGUCUUUUGGCACGAAUUCUACCACGUUUUCACUCAACAGCGGUGCCUAUCUCAAAACGCCCCAACAUACUGAAAUUGAUGCGAGAAUGGUUGGCACUCUUUGAGGAACAAGGAAACUCCCACGUUCAACUACAAUCCACUUCAUUUCACCUUCACUUAAGUGAUUUUCCGUCUACCAUUUCUACCAAUGAUCUCGCCAAGGAGAUCGACAUCAUCGAAGAAUUCCUUGGAACAUCUCCGUCACCGGUCGUGUUCUGCCAUAAUGAUCUUACCAACGAUGUGCGCAGUGCUAUAGCUAGAGAUGCCCUCUGCGGUACAUAUUGGGUCGCUCGCUGCUUCGAUGCCACCCACUCCACCCCUCCCCCGCCUCAAUAA